GCCCAUACCUGUGGCAUCUACUGCACCGUUCUCACGUGUCGUUCGCACUGUGAUCACCUGCAGACGUACAUACGUACCUACACAUCUAUGUGGAUAGGGUACGAGUCUUUUAGGUGGCUCCCGCGAUACCGGUUUCUGCGCUGGUAUGAAUAUGCCCAAGAGCUAAUUUUAUAAAAAGUUAUCUCCUAAGAUGUUUAUAAAGUUCAGACACUCAAUGGACGGACUUUCGUGAUAUACUAAAGCCCAUUUAAAUAUAAAUGAUGCUGGCGAUGUGCUGUGUGCAUUCCAUUCCUCAUCAUUAGUGUUCAUAAUCGUAAGAAAAACGCAUAAAAGGAUCCCCAAAUCGGUGUUAAUGGUGCUCGUGAAUAUAAAUAAAGAGUCUUUAAGGUUAAUGUGCCUAUAAGUUAUGCCAAGUGCAGUGCUCAUAUUUUCGAUGGAAAUACCAUGAGAAAUGGCCCUAAGCCUAAACAGUUUUCCGAUAAAUGUCCGACAAAUGAGGUCACGUAUGUAAAGAUUUUUUAAAGCAACCGUCAGCCUCCCCGUCGUCAACUUGUCACACUACUUUUACCACAUGCUACCACACGGCCGAUCGAUCUCCCACACAUAUUUGUGAGCGCAGCCGCAGCCGCAGCCGCAGCAGCAGCAGAACCCGAAGCAGUCGCAGCUUUGUUUGCUUUUCGCGGGAUAUCAAACUAGUAUGAGUGUGUAAUCCAUAUUACUAUAUGCACACACACACAACCAGAUCAUCAUCAAAAUGCCAAAAUCCAUGGCUCCAUAAUUUCGGAAUGCUAACAAAUAUUUCCUUAAACGUGCCGUGCCUGUGUUUCAACGUGUUUUUGUGUGUUCUUUAUAGUCGGACUGUACGUGAUUUUGAUACUUCCGAAAUGUAAUAGAAACAAUCCAACAAAAUUGUGCCCCUCAAUCGUGUGCUCAACAUUUCUUGUUCAAACAAAUGGUUCUUGGAUACACUCAACUCAACGGCCUUCUAGCAACAUUUUGAAAAAAAACGCCAACAACGUCUUGAAAGCAAAUGAUAAAAUGUCUACAGCAAUGCAGGAACUUGGCUUUUUGGGUCUUUUAAUACUGCUGUCCUCAGCUGUUUUGGGCAAAUCCCAAAUGUGCGAAGUGGAAACGGGCCAAACGAAUAUAAUUCUGGACAUAGAAGAAAGUCGGGAAGCAUUUAUUGGUCAGCAAACGACUCCCGCGGAACUGCCCAUCUUUGGUGAUCCGGAGACGGAAAUAUAUCUGGAUCUAGUUUUUCCAAAGGGACAGCCAACAUUUCAAUUGAUCGGCAAGAGGCUGCAGCUGCUGGAGCCCCUGGAUCGGGAUGAGGAGAAUCUCAGUCACAUUGUGUUCCAGGUGUCCUGCACCAUUCGAUCGUCGCAUAAGAAGCGCAACAUUCCCAUUAUUGUGCGCGUGUCGGAUAUCAAUGACAAUGCGCCCCGUUUCAUGAACACGCCCUAUGAGGUCACCGUACCCGAGAGCACACCGGUGGGAACUACAAUCUUUCGCAACAUUCAAGCACUCGACAAAGAUGCAGGUGUAAACGGACUGGUAGAGUAUUUUAUUGCAAAUAAACCCAUCAAUUCAACCGAAGAUGAGAAGCUCACGAGUGCUGACGGGUAUGGCACCUUUGCCAUAUCAUUUCCACACCAGGGACAGGUUACUGUUUCAAAGAUUUUGGACUAUGAGAAGAUUCAGCGCUAUUAUGUGACCAUCGUAGCUUCGGAUCGUGCACGCAACACCGAACAUCGACUUUCUUCGACCACCACUUUAACGGUGAAUAUAGCCGACUCGGACGAUUUGGAUCCAUCAUUUAUAUAUCGUGGCUGUGUGCUGCUCGAGGGCGCCUGCAUAAACCCCGAGUACACGGCGUCUGUGCCGGCAGGCUCCUUGCUGGGUGUGCUCAAUGUGCUGCCAGAGCGAAUACAGGCGGUGGAUCUGGAUACGAUCAACUCGCGCAUACGCUACAGCUUUGCCAGCGGAAUGCCUGGCAACUAUGAGGAUUACUUUGAGAUCGAUGAGCAAACGGGAGUGCUGAAGCAAACAAAAGCCAUUGACACGUCCACCGCCAAGAGAUAUGACAUAAUCGUGCGCGCAGAGGAGAUUUCACCUGCACCGCGACGUUUCACCACGGCCAAACUGACGAUUUCGGUUAAGCCGGUGGAUGCCAAUCCCCCGGCCAUAUCCUCCUCUGCCACCGAGGGCUAUGUGGAUGAAAACUCCGCUAUAGGAACGAGAGUAUUGGAUGCAAAUGGCAAUCCCAUAUCCUUCACAACAACCGACGCAGACUUGGGCGAGGGUGAUCCAAAGCCCGAUUAUAUUUACGAGCUGACGACGCCUUCGUUUAAUGUGACCAGUGCAGGGAUUCUGGUGGUGAACGAAGACAACCUCGAUCGGGAUCCGCCUGCCCCGGGCCGCUUCAAGUUUCAGGUUGUCGCCCGGGAGCCGCGCACAAACGCUGCCAGCGCCCCACUCAGCCUCACAGUGCAUCUGCGGGAUGUCAACGACAAUGCGCCCAAGCUGGCAAUGGUCUCACCCAUUUCGAUCACAGCCAAUACCGGGGAUCAGAGCGAGAGUCGCCUGGUCACACAGGUGACGGCCACCGACAACGAUGAGGGCCCGAAUGCCGUGGUCGCCUACUCCAUCUAUCACGUGUCCAACAAUGGCAUUCAAAAGUUCACCAUCGACGAGCAAACGGGUGAGAUCAGUACCCACGGAAGACUGUUGGCUGGGGAGCAAUAUUCCAUCACGGUGCAGGCCACAGAUGUGGGAGGACUCUCCUCGCAGGCCAUUGUGGAGGUGAGUGUGACGCCGGGACCAAACACGAAGCCGCCACGCUUCCAAAAGCCCAUCUACGAGGUGCAGGUUAGCGAGGGUGCGGAAAUCAACUCCACAGUCACCGUGGUGCAUGCAGACGAUCCGGAGAACGAUGCCGUUGUCUACUCCAUCAUAUCCGGCAACGACCUGCGUCAGUUUGCCGUGGGCCAGGAGACGGGUGUCAUCAUUGUCAUCCGCAAAUUGGAUCGAGAGAGCUUGACGCGCUACCAACUGAUAAUGCGAGCCGAGGACAGUGGCGGACUCUCCAGCAGCGCCACAGUCAACAUCAAGGUGACUGACAUCAACGACAAGAAUCCCGAGUUUGAUGUGUCCACGCUGCCGUACGUCUUCCAAGUGGAUGAGGGCGCUGCGGAUGCUUUCGUUGGCGUAGUGCAUGCCACAGACGCGGAUGAGGGCAUCAAUGCAGAGAUCACCUACUCCAUACCCACGGAUGUGCCUUUUACCAUCAAUGGAACCUCCGGAGAGCUGCGAACUGCCUCCCAGCUGGACUAUGAACGCUUGAAUGAGUACAAGUUCGUGGUGACUGCCAAGGAUGGGGCGCCCGACGCCCGCCUGGGCACUGCCAGUGUGACGGUGAUGGUGCACGACAUUCCCGAUGAGGUGCCAAAGUUCAGCGAUGCUCGCAUCGAUGUGCACAUACCGGAGAACGAGGUGAACUUCCUGGUGGCCACGGUGCAGGCCUUCGAUCCGGAUACAAUGCCAGAAAUAACCUACGUGCUACGCAAGGGCGAUGCGGAGCUGUUCAAGGUGUCUGCCACCUCGGGAGAGGUGCACACAAUCAAGGGACUGGACUAUGAGAACCAGCGGCAGCACCAGCUGACAAUUGGAACCAUUGAGAACGACGGGGAUGGGCCGGGCGACACACUUCAGCUGGUUGUGGAUGUCGAGGAUCGGAAUGAUUUGCCGCCGCGAUUCAUAACCGUGCCCGAUCCGGUGACGGUGAACGAUGACCAGGCCAUUGGCACCAUCAUAGCCACUCUGCCGGCCAUCGAUGGGGAUGGCACCUCCCCCGGAAAUGUGGUCCGCUACGAGAUAGUCGGACGCGGCAAGGCACCCAAAUACUUUCAGGUCGAUCCGGACACGGGAGCAGUGCGCAUCCGCGAUGAGCUGCGCAAAGAAGUGGACACAGAGUACCAUGUGGACAUUCGCGCCUAUGACAUGGGCGAACCUCAGCUGAGCUCGGUGGCGCCUCUGCGCGUGGAUGUGCGACAUCUUGCGCUGUCGCAGAACAACGAAAGGGACAUGGAGACCAAGCUGCAGAGCGGCUUAAUGCUGAGCACGGAGAAUAUAGGCCUGGGCUUCAGUGACGACAGCUACACGACCAGCGUGCCCGAGUCCACUGAAGUGAACAGCACUCUGAAGAUUGUCCAGAUCAUCAAUUCGAAGCAAUCGGCCAGCGGGCCGGCAGACUUUAGGUGCGAGUUUGUGCAUGGCAACGAUGAGGCAAGGUUCAACCUUAGCCUGGCCGACCAUGGCUGCAGCAUAGUCCUGGUUCAGUCGUUGGAUUUCGAGAACAAAUCCUCGUACACGCUCCAGCUGCGUCUUGUAUCCCAUCGGUACUUUGUCAACCCGCUGAAGGAUAAGACCACUGUGAACAUAAUCGUGCAGGACGAGAACGACAAUGCGCCAGAGUUUGUGUUCAAUCGACUGCGAGGCCAGCGGGACACCUUCUACACUGUGGUUACCUCCGACAUGGAUGUGGACACGACCAUUCUGCAGGUGCGUGCCACAGAUCGUGACUCUGGAAAGUUUGGAAUGGUUCGGUAUAAGCUCUACGACGAUGAGGACAGCGGAGACAAUUUGCCAACAAGCUUCUUCAUGAUGACUGAAGACGGCGUUCUGCGCACUGCGAGACAUUUCAAAAACGAAGAAGCCUUUCCCAUGACCUUCUCGGUUGAGGCACGGGACAGCGAUGGCCAACAAGAGCAGGGCUCACAUCGCACCAGAGCCAGAAUCGUAGUGAAUAAGCUGACAGACAUCAAUCGUAUGGCACUGUCGUUUCCCAGCGCUGCGCCCAGUGAACUGCGCAACUACCACACAGAGGUGGAGGAGCUGCUGGAGGAGAAAACCGGACUCGUCAGCGGCAUUGAGCGUUUCAGCAACCAAAAGUAUUUGGCCAACAAUGGCACAGUGAUCGAGAACCAAGCGGCAACGGAUGUGUGGUUCUAUCUCAUCGAUCCGAAGUCGGAGAAGCUGCUAAAGCGCAAUGAUAGUAUUGUGGAGACCACGUUGCUGGAACCCGCUGCCCGCUUGGAGCUGAACUUUGCUCUGGCACGAGCCAAGGCUGAUGGCAUUUCAGUGCCAAUAGAAAUUAAAGAACAUGUUCAUAAGAUCAAGGCCGCCAUAGACAUCGAUGACGAAGUGUUUCCCUUUACGCUAAUUGCCAUAUCGCUCAUUAUUCUGAUAUUGGGCACCAUUGGAAUUAUCUACAUUUGCAUUUCGUGGUCAAAAUAUAAAAACUUCAAGCAACGCAUGCGGCAGUAUUCCUCAACGAGUCCAACGCGCUAUGACCCCGUCAUUGUCAACCAGCAGGCUUCGAAUGUCAGUGAGACUGUGGCCAGCAUGAAGGAGUAUGAAACGCAGAUGCUGGCCAUGGCAGUGCCGCCCGAUGGUGAUGAUGAUCUGCAGCUGGACUUUAGCGCCAAGAACCAUGCCUUCUCGCUGGACAAUGUCAGCUACAUAACGCACAAGGAGAACGGUAAUGGCAACGGCAACACCCUUGUGCCAGGUGGUCAGUCGAGUCCAUCACAUUCAGAUGCAACGACGGCUACCAUUGCCACACUUCGACGCCACAACAAUCUCAAUAACAUCAACAACAUGAACAACAAUCUGGCCAUAAACAACAGGCAAAACACAUUCAAUCGCACACUGGAGAUCAACACACGCAACAAUGCCAAUCCACUUGGCUCGCCGCACAACGCGAACGGUGCUCUCUCCGGCACCCUGACUCUGGGGCGCAUCAAGCAUCAGAAUAGCAAUCACUACCAGAACGGGGCAUCCAAUGGGGACACGAUGGGACGGAAUAAUUUGGCCAUUGCCAAAAAUAAUGCCUACAGUACGAUGGGUAGACGUGGGAAUACAUUUGUGGAAAGUUCUUCAAAUGGUGACUUGAUGAACAGCAGCACGCUGGGGCGUCACGGCCAACUCAAUAAUCGCAUGUACAGCGGAGAGUUGCCCAUCACCAAUCCGCUCUUCCAACGAUCAACUGGUGAUGGCCACAAUCAGAUAAGCUGCACCAAUGAGAAUGUUUCGUUUGGAAAGCGAGACUAUGGCCAAAUUGGCUUCUCGUACCUGAAUGAUUUGGAUCGGUCAGAGGUGGAGACCACAACAGAACUGUGAGCAAACACAGAGACAGACUAGAGCCGUACUUAGCUGGAUAUAUGUAUAUGUAUUUCUUGUACUUUUAAUUGUUUAUUGUACUAUAAGUUAGCGCAUUUGCCAUCGAAUUCCGAUUCCGAUUAUAAUCUGUAAAUAUUUCACUAGGGAUAUUAUUGAAUGGAGAAACUGAUAACUGAUAUUUUAUAACUGUGCUCUAAGAUCAAAAUAAUUACAGUCAUUAAUUUUUAAGUAAGCCAAUUGAACAACAAUGAAGAACUAUCAGUAAAAUAUCUCAAUUGUUAAAUUUAUAUAAAAUAAAACACACGUCAU